AUGGAAGCAUUGUUAGCAAUCCAAGGAAAGGAUUUUAUACUUACUGCAUCUUCCGGAUCGGCAGUACGAGGAAUUACUGUUCUUAAGUCCGGAGAUGAUAAGAGCGAACAGUUGAAUAGCCAUAACUUGAUGUUAUACUGUGGUGAAGCCGGAGACACUUCGAACUUUGCAGAGUACAUUUCAGCAAAUAUUAAUCUGUAUACUUUACGAAAUAAUUUAAUUUUGAGUCCUGAAGCCACAGCAUCUUUCACUAGAAAACAACUCGCUACUUCUCUUCGUUCACGCAAGCCAUACAUGGUAAAUCUUUUAUUAGCUGGAUACGACACUGAAAAAGAAGUCCCCCAGCUUUAUUGGAUUGAUUACUUGGCGACUUGCGUUCGUGUUCCUUAUGCAUGCCAGGGAUACAGUUCUUUCUAUUGUUUGUCUUUGUUUGACCGUUACUACAAGCCAGAUCUUUCGCUUGAUGAUGCCAUUCACAUUAUGAAGUUAUGUUUUGAUGAACUGCAAAAACGUAUGCCUAUUGACUAUAAGGGAUUUAUCUGUAAAGUUGUUGGCAAGGAUGGUAUUCGCGAAAUUUCCCUUUAA